UUAAAUUUAGAAUUUUUCAGGAAGAAACGCUUUUAAGUAAUCUAAACUUUUUCAAGCAGAUGCCAGGUGAUAUAAUUCAGCUGAAUGUUGGCGGUAAGAGGUUUGCAACAUCCAAAGAGACCCUGACAUGGAUUCAAGAUUCGUUUUUCACAAGUUUACUAAGUGGAAGAAUUUCUUCCUUAAAAGAUGAUAAUGGAGCAAUAUUCAUUGAUAGAGAUCCAGCCUUAUUCACUGUGAUUUUAAAUUAUCUACGGACAAAAGAAGUUGAUUUAAACAAUGUAGAUAUCAGUUCACUAAAGCAUGAAGCAGAAUUCUAUGGUAUCAAACCUCUAGUUCGAAGGUUGUGUCUGUGUGAGGAAUUAGAUGCAGCUUCAUGUGGGGAUGUUCUCUUUCAUGGCUAUCUCGGACCACCUUGUCCCCCAGUACCAGAUUUUAUGAGAAGUAGGUCACAGUCUAUUAUUAGCACUGACAGUCACCAUGCUAUUAGAGGGGCGACACCACAAAGGCAUUCCUCCGUUGAUCCAAGACCUGGAGACUCCAGUCAGGAUGAUGUUCAUACACACGCCAGACAGAUGUCCGUUGACUUUUCGGCAUUGAUGCACCAUGGCUCUAGUAUAGCCCGUACACCAUCGACUCAUAGUAUGUCACGGUUGUCUCUAUCUACAGAUGCUAGGAGUAUAUCCAGACCUGUUCCGUAUGAGUCGCUUAGCACAAGACUCGCACAUGCACAACCUAUGUCUGGUUAUAUAACAGAUCCAUUAAAGGUGACCAUGUUGCGAGGUCAUCACAACUGGAUUGCUGUAGCAUACCCACACUUUGUGUGCUGUUUUAGGAUGAAAGAUUCUACUGGCUGGCAUCUGAUCUGGACAAGUUCCUACCUGGAUAUACCUAUUGAACGUAUAGCUAUCAAUGCUAAAGUCCUGUCAGCCAAUCAGGAUAAUACAAACAAAAUGGUUGCCGCAUCUUCUGCUAGUCUUGUCAGGCUCUGGUCAAUAUCCGACGGUGAUGGCGAAAGCCGAGAAAUUGGUGUGUUCAACUUGAAUGUGUCAGUUGAUUCCCUGUUCUUUAUAGGCAGUCAGCUUGUUGCUCUCAGUAAACUUGGAAAGGUUGGAGUCUGGCACUCCAUGACACAUAAUUGGCAGAUUCAAGAUGUUGUGGCUAUCACUAGUUAUGAUAAAGCUGGAUCUUUUUUACUUCUUGGUUGUGAAAAUGGUUCUGUCUAUUAUAUUGAUAUGCAGAAGUUUCCUUUACGUAUGAAGGAUAACGAUUUGUUGGUGACAGAAUUGUAUCGUGAUCCUGCCGGAGACAAAGUUACAGCUCUUAGUGUGUACCUUACACCUAAAACAAGUGUGAGUGGAAAUUGGAUAGAAAUUGCAUAUGGCACAAGUUCUGGCACAGUACGGGUCAUAGUGCAACAUCCAGAGACUGUUGGGCACGGUCCUCAGCUGUUUCAAACAUUCACUGUCCAUCGAAGUCCUGUAACUAAAGUCAUGCUGUCAGAAAAACACCUUGUGUCAGUAUGUUCUGAGUACAAUCACGUACGUACAUGGAGUGUGACACGAUUCCGUGGAAUGAUCUCAACACAGCCGGGCUCCACACCUUUAGCUUCGUUUAAAGUGAUAUCACUGGAGGACUAUGAUCCAAAUCAGAGCUACAUGGCUGGAAAUGAUUUUGGUCCAUUUGGAGAGCAAGAUGAUCAACAAGUUUUUGUGCAGAAAGUAGUUCCAGAGACUGAUCAGCUCUUCAUACGCUUAUCAUCAUCUGGCAGGAGAGUUUGUGUGAUUAAGUCUGUAGACGGUACAACGAUUAGUGCAUUCCGAGUCCAUGAGUGCGAGGGCUCAAGUAGAAUGGGCUCACGCCCUCGUAGGUUCCUUUUUACAGGUCACACUAACGGUGGUAUACAGAUGUGGGACCUUACAACAGCCCUAGAUCUGAUGAGCCCUGUUGAAGAGAGUAAACAAGUUGGGCCAAUAAAACCUUCAACAACAGAACAAAAUCUUGGUGGACCUACACCUAAGGAACUGGUGAAAUUGUUAGACCAGUGUGACAUAUGUCAAUCACAAAACUCCACCCCAUGUAUAAGCCCCUCCCCUUCUAUUAUUGGAGGAAGUAUCCAGAGACCAUGUCUAGACUUGGUACAUGGGAUUUCAGUGCCAAAUAUAGAGAAUUUAGAAGAUCAAGGUGCCGCUGGCGGGAUCGAGAAGUCUCAGGUCACCAGUUUAUGAUGCAUGCUCUCUUGUUAUACAGUUUGGACCUGGUGAAAGAUACAGACAUAACAGAAGUAAUAGUUACUGGGUGUGAUCAGAAGAUUUGUCUCCCUUUGAACUUUGAAUUGUGCCAUCAUAAUACUGGAUCUGACAGAAGAAUGUUUUGUUCUUUUGACAAGAGCAGUUACCAUGUGAAUCGUGCCAUUUUAGGGAAUAUUAACUAUACUUUAAUGGAUAUACCAUACUUUAUAAAGCACUUAAAUAAUUUUUGAUAUAACAUUAAUGUAAUACUGCUUUUUUCAACAUCAUAGCAACAUGUUAAAAUGUAGGCUUUUGCAGUAUGUAUAUCACUUAAAACAUUACAUAAUGUAUGUAUUUUUAUUGUAUGAUAGCUUUCAAAUGUAUACCUUAAAUUUGGUAUGAUACACACACAUGCACUCUUGUGGAGCUGAAAAUUGGAAAAGAACAAUGUUUCAAAUUAUAUCAAUAUUGUUAGAUAAAAUGGCAUGUAAACUUUGUUCUUACUAUAUUAAGCUCUAAAACACUAGAGACUGUUCUUAUAUUUAAUCUGAAUUUUAUCCCAGUUUAUUCAGUAGUCUAGUUCACAAAUGAUCAAAUUGUUAUAUGUUAUAACAUACAAAGAGUGCUGAAGGACUAGACUUUCUCAUAGAAAUUUGCUUUUACUUUGUUUCAAAUUGAACUGGUUACUAUUGUUACAAUACUAUAUAAUGUGAGGAAAGUGUAAAGUGUAUGCUAGGUUGUGUUAUGAGCAAUGAUCUGAAAGAAUUACCUUUGAACAAAAUAUUUGUCAUGUUAAAUAGAGACAUUUUAUUGAUCUGAAUUUAUUUUCAUGGCCAUACUUUAGAUUGGAGGAGGGGUGGGCAUACUGUUUUUUAAUUUUUAUCUCGUCUUUCUCGUAGGAUAAGUUUUACCUUGUAUAUUAAAUUUUUAAUUUAUAAGCUUGAGCCUUAGUAUGUGUAUAAAAGAUUCCUCUGGAUAAGAGCUAUAUUUUGAGGCAUCAAAGUUUGACAUUAUUCUGUAAUGUGGAUUAGAGCUCUUUAUUUAUCACAUCUGUAACAAUGAACAUUCUUUGUUACCUUUACAGUGUUAAAACUUGUACUAAAUUGUCCAUGCUUUGAAAUAAGUAUGUAAAAAUAAUGUUAAUACUAUGGGGUUUGAUAUUGCAUGCAACGUUAAGAAUAUAACAGUAUUGAAGUUGUUCAAAUGCAUCAAAUUUAGAAUUAUACAAGCAACUGUAUAGAGCUUACCAGACUACAGAGAUGUUUUUUUAUAUCAAAAAGUAAAAAGAAGCACAAAACAAUAUAGAGCUUGGUCAGACAACAGGGAUGUUUUUGGUGUCAAAUUUGAAAUUGUUCACGCUAGAAUUUGGUCAUUUAGCUCCAAUGUACAGACUGGGUAUAUACAGGGAGUAAAUUAUUUAAAAUAAUUAGUUCUCAUUU